GGGGGGGAGGGAAGGGGCUGGCGGCACUGCUCUGGAUACAAAGCAGUCAGCCACGCUCUGGCUCCUUCCUCCCGCACCCCGUUGGCCUCCUCCUCCUCCUCCUCCUCCUCCCUGUUUGCACGCUCCCUCCCUCCCUCCCGCUCGCCCUCCCUCCCUCUUUCACUCUCUUUCUCUCCCCUAACGCCACGCUGCAGAAAGGCAGACCUGGGAACUGGAGGUCCGUGGAGGCAGCGGAGGAGGAAGGAGCUGUGCCCUGCUGUUUCUUUGAGAGUGAAACGGGGAGGCAGAGAUGCGAUGAAGGAGUGUCUCGGUCACUGCCUGGAUUAAGAAAGAAUACAUAAAAAAAAAAAAAAAAUCCGGACCCAACAAACGAGGAAAAAGGGAGGAGAGAAGGAGGAGGAGGUUGCUGGGGGGAGCCCACUCCAGUGGGCGAACAGCUGCUUUGAAUCGUGCCUCUGUUCCCAGGGAUUAAAGCAUGAAUGGGAGCAGCUUCCCGGCCACGAUGGAGAGAGAAGGCGGUUCAGGCUGUGGGAAUAAGGUCUCCUGCCAAAUGUGUCCCUGAGGUUCCUGCUGGAGGCCCCAGCAGCGUCCUGUAGAAGUUGUCUCCUGCUCCUGGUCCCAGCAGCCGAGGCCCCUCCAAACCUGCUUCUGCAAUGGGUGGGUUGUGAGCACUGGUAAUGAGGAGCUGUGGGUCCAGUCAGUCUUGGAGAUGCCGAAGAGACGAGACAUCCUGGCUAUCGUGCUGAUAGUUCUGCCCUGGACGCUACUAAUCACCGUCUGGCACCAGAGCACCAUUGCUCCACUGCUUGCAGUGCACAAGGAUGAUGGUGGUGACUCCCGGCGUGAUCUCGCUGCAGGCUUGGACUCCAAGGAAUACUGCUUGUCGGACCGGGACAUUGUGGAGGUGGUGAGGACAGAAUAUGUUUAUACCCGCCCACCCCCGUGGUCAGACACCCUUCCCACCAUCCACGUCAUUACACCCACCUACAGCCGGCCCGUCCAGAAGGCAGAGCUGACGCGCCUGGCCAACACCCUGCUGCACGUCCCCAACCUGCACUGGAUCCUGGUGGAGGACUCGCAGCGGCGCACGCCGCUCAUCACCCGGCUGCUGCGGGACACGGGGCUGAACUACACCCACCUCAACGUGGAGACGCCUCGCAACUACAAGCUGCGGGGAGACAUGAGGGAUCCCCGCAUCCCCCGCGGGACCAUGCAGAGGAACCUGGCCCUGAGAUGGCUGAGAGAGACCUUUAACAAAAAUAACAGCCAGCCUGGCAUCGUUUACUUCGCCGACGAUGAUAACACCUACAGCCUGGAGCUCUUCGAGGAGAUGCGCAGCACCAGGAAGGUGUCGGUGUGGCCAGUAGCCUUCGUCGGCGGCUUGCGCUACGAGUCGCCCAAAGUGAACGCUGCGGGGAAGGUGUACGGCUGGAAAACCGUGUUCGACCCCCACCGGCCCUUUGCUAUAGACAUGGCGGGGUUUGCUGUGAACCUCAGGCUGAUCCUCCAGCGAUCUCAGGCUUACUUCAAACUGCGAGGAGUGAAGGGAGGCUACCAGGAGAGCAGCCUGCUCCGGGAGCUGGUCACCUUGAAUGACCUUGAGCCGAAAGCUGCCAAUUGCACUAAGAUUUUAGUCUGGCAUACGAGGACAGAAAAGCCUGUGCUGGUGAACGAGGGGAAGAAAGGAUUCACAGAUCCCAAUGUGGAAAUCUGACUGUGCAUGGCUGGGCAGAGACCAACACCAGAAGAUUUCUUCAUGCACAGCCUACAAGGUUCCUCUCCGCAGCAUACAGCCAGCCAGACAUGCAGUAGCCAGGACCUCUGCUGACUUCCAAGAGUUUUAGUGUACUGAAAACAAGCAACACUGCAUACAUAAACUACCCGGAUUCCCCUGCCCUUCCUCCUGGACUCUGAGCAGAACCAGAUGCUCUGGAGGUGGAAGAAAAAGCACAGAAAAUACAGGACUGACAUCGACUUCUGUACAAGACCAGCUGCCUCGUGAGAUGCUCGGUAUGGGAGAAGCGCAUGCAGGGCAUGAUGCACUGAAGACGUGGCCCAGCUGGAACGGUAGUCUGGACUGAGGGGGCUGUUUUACAGGACCUGAAAAAGCAAGGGUGAGAACGCCCCCAGGAGCGUGUUGGCCCCUGAUGAUUGUUUUUUUUUUUUCUGGAGACACACGUACCUGGUGGCUAUGUGUGCGACAGCCUAAGCAGCUCUCUGUUCGUGGAGGGGACAGCUGCCUUCUGAGAUGGCACCUUAGCCCUUAAUUUUAAACCUACUUUAAUCCAUGUUUAUUACGCUGCACAAGACAGGAAGGUUUAGGGGGAGGGUGAAAAGCAAGGCAGGUUAAACAAACCCAUUACGAUUUCUGUUUCUUUGUACCCCCCUCCUUUCCCUGAAGCAGUUUUGUGGUUUGGGAGGCCCCUCUGACAUACCUCUGUGUUCCUGGAUGGAGUUAUGUUUACAGCAUAUGGUUCUCUGUUCAUCCAUGCUAAAAUAACCGGGGGAGGGUUUUAAUGAGAUUGUUGUGGCCCUACACCAUAAUACUUAAUCUGGACUCAGAUCUUUGUUCUAUUUAGCUCUCAUUUGGUUCACGUGAACAUUAGGUGUGGGAUUCUCUGAAGGGUGCUCCGACAGAAAGCCGAAUUUCUACUCUUAAAAAAAUAAAGUUAACUGCUUAAUACUAGGGAUUGAAUGAUAACCGCUGAUUUGAGUGCAUUUACCAUCCAGGUGGAAUGUAUCCUUCAGCCCUAGCUCCUUUUUCAGGGCCAUGCCAGCCUACUGCAGAGCUACUGGCGUGAAAAGCCACGCUGGAGCAGUUGGAGUUAACUUCUGAUGCACACUUGUAAAGGGGAUCCUGGGCUUAGUGCUCUGUUUCUUCAGCCCCUGGCUUGAGGUAGGUUGAAGAACUACCUAAGUAGAACAGUAGUUGCCUCUUCCCUGCUCUGUAACAUGACAGGAUCUGGGAUAGCACUGAUGAAAGGUUAUUUAUUCUCUGAUGAAACUGUAUUUUGCUCCUCAGUGAGAGAGACAUGACUGAGCAAUGCAGAAGAGGAACCUGGGUGCUACUACCUUGGUUGACUCUAUUUGAGAGUGACAAACUUGAUGAGGAAGAAAUGAAGGUACAACUUACCCUUCUCCCCCCCUCCAGCCCUUUAAAAAAAACAGCAAAUCACCCUUAUCCACCCCAUAGUUGUUGUCAAAUGUGUGAUCAACCCCCAGUGCCCCAGUUCUUCCAAAAGGGCCUGAAGCACAAUUUUACUUUUGAGUUGAGGGAAAAUAUAAUCCUGAAAAGAGACUUGGUUAUUUUUAGCCCCAACACAUAGAAUUAUUAAAGCAUUCUAGAUUUGUUAGCUUCACAGUGCAGGAGCCUCCCGUUGAACUAAUGACUGUGUAUUUCCUAAUAUAUAUAUAUUUUUAAUUUUUUUUUGCAAAUUAUUUUCUCCCACUGUAUUUCAAAAUGACUGGGGAAAAGCUGCAUUCCUGAGCUCCCAGUCACAGAAGCCCUGCUAUGUAGCCUUCACAAAAGUGUUCCUUUAGAUGCAUUGGCUCAAGUGUUACUUGGAUAGAAAGCAUCUGAUCCUACUGGCCACUAGCUGCUCUGUGGGAACGGGCUUGUUACCGUGCAUUGAAGCGGUAGCUCUUUGCAUUCCGGCAGGUUUAUUGUUCUUGUACUAGCAGCCCAAGCUCAGCUCAGUCUGCACACCCUAGAGUGGAACGAGGCAUUUUGAAAGGCAUACGAAGCUCUCAUGCUAUUCAAGUAGCUUCCACGUGAUGUCCUCUCCUGGCUGCAUGUUUUGUUCACUAAUGUUAGUUCCAGUCCCUGCUGAGUUGCAACCUUCCCUCUUGGGAAGGAAAUAACUUCCAGAGAAAUGCAAAAGGGAUCAGGUCCUGAACACAACCCUGCUUUUAUGUUCCACUCUCCUCAAAGUUGGUCCCACGACUCUGGGCGGGCCCUUCCAGCUUGCACAGAGGCUACCGUGGUUCUUGGCAGCAGAGAUUUAUGUUCAGUAAGACCAGCUCUGGCCAGGAUGGAGUGCGUUACAGCUGCAGUCUGUUCUCAGUUUUAAAUAAACUGUAUUUACAUUUGUUAAAUAAAAUCAAGUAUGGUUUUUAAGA